AUGGCUAGCAUCGCAUCCCUGUGCACAGUCCACAUCGCAACCCUCUAUGCUGUUAUGGGUCUGAUGCGAGGCGCUGCGAUGUCUCCUCAGCUAGAAUACUACAAGCAAAUGACAGAUACUUGCCGUGUGGAGUGCCAAGGGGCACCAGGAGAGGAAGUAGUUUAUCUUCUACAUCCUCCCCAAGGCCACCCUGGUUGGGUAGACGCGAACAACCCUGUAGACCCUUAUCCUGAAGAGCUCUGGAACAGCUUCAUGUACGGCAUGGCUCGGUUCCUUCAGAGCCGGAACUUUGCCUUUCUCAGAGGCUACAGCCUGGGGCAACUCUGUCACAUUGUACAGCUAGCAAUCUCAAAGAGAAAGGUUCUCGCCUACGAGGAUAACAUCUUGAAACCCGUCAACCAGUGCAAGAAGGUUGUCAACGCCUUCCUGAGACUGCCUGAGAGGAGCAGCAGCAAGAACCACAUUAGCAGCGUCGGAGAACUCCAGCAUUGCAUUUUGGAGCUCCUCAAGGCAAACCCGGGAGGUCUGACACUCUCGACGCUAAAACGGAAAAUUAAAUUAAGGCAAGGCUUGUUGCGACCUUCUUCAUUGCCACCUCGGUAG